AUGGGCCACUUCAGCUUGUGCCAUGUGGUGGCACAUAACUGGGCCGACAAAAUGCUGUCCCCGGUAUGUGAAAGUAACCCACCUGUGGCAUGGGCUGGCACUGGAAAAGAGCAGCCAGUCAGGGAACAAGUUGAUGGAGGCUUGAGAUACAAGAAAACCACAUGGGUAUGA